AUGAUUUGCCACAAGACGCCGGUGAUCAAUCACAGCUACUUCGUGCGGAUGCAGGCGCUGCGUUCGCGCAUCUGCGCGUUUCUCGCGGAGUGUUUGCUCUCCUACUUCGACAACCACGUCGCGGGCGCGCUGUUUCGGACAGCCAUGGCGGACGCGGGCGCGGACAACUUCGAAAUCGAGGAGUUCAAAAUCAAGCGACUCAUCAAGGCGCUCAGCGCGGCGCGCGGGAACGGCACUUCGGUGAUUACGCUCAUCGUGAAGGCGCGCGACGACAUCAGCCGCAUCGGGCGGCUGCUCACGGAGGAGGCGGGCACGGCGUCGAACAUCAAGUCGCGCGUGAACCGGCUCUCGGUGCUGUCGGCCAUUGCGUCCGCCGCGCAGAAGGUGAAGACCUACUCGCGCACGCCGCCGAACGGGUUGCUGAUUUUCUGCGGCUCGGUGCUCAACGCGGACGGCAAGGAGCGGAAGCUGAGCAUUGCGAUCGAGCUCGUCGAGUGCGUGCCGCUCGACGAGUGGAUUAUCGAGAACUACAAGAGCUUCGGCGUGGAGCUGUGCUUCGUGACCGACGCGAGCCAGGAAGGCUCGCAGUUCGUGAAGGGCUUCGGCGGCAUCGGCGCGGUGCUGCGCUACAAGGUCGAG